AUGACGUCAGAGCCUAGUUACGUCACAGCAAACGCGUCAUCAAAGUCUACCACCAACCCACACACGUUCACGACCACAGUGCUGGAAAUAUUGAAGCCAGGAAUUGUUUUAGAGAUUAAAAGAGAUGACGUGAGGGCGGGAUGGGAGAACAUGGAAAUAUUAGUCAAGUUGUCGAUCGUAUCAGACACAGGAGCAUGUGAUGCCGUGUACGAAGCCGGGCAACGAAGUAGUGGAGUUUAUCUCAUCAACGUGGACGGCACGAACCUAAAUGUCUACUGCGAUAUGGCGCCGUCUACCGGCGCCUCUACGGUUUUCCAACGACGUUAUGAUGGUUCGGUUGAAUUUUACCAAAAGUGGGACGAAUACGAAGUUGGAUUCGGGAACAUAAAUGGAGAGUUCUGGAUGGGUUUAAAAUAUCUUCGCCAACUAACCAAGAAUGGGAACUAUAGUCUGAUUAUUGAGAUGAAGAACUGCAACGGAACCAACUUUACCGCAAGAUACUCUGAGUUCAGAGUCGGUUCCUCAUCGACCAAUUAUACUUUAACUACACAAGGUUACGACGGUGGUGCAGGGGAUUGGGAUUCGUUGAAAGCUCAUAAUCUUCAACAAUUUUCCACGUAUGACCGUGACAACGAUAUAUCAAGUAAUCAAAACUGUGCAUUAGUGUACAGAGGCGGAUGGUGGUACGCCAAAUGUCUGCAGGUAAACCUGAACGGUCAGUUUGGACCGUGUCGAAAAGGACGUCAGUACCAGUAUUGGAAAAGUUUGAAUACUCUUGAAGAUGGGGCGUUGUCUGCAACUGAAAUGAAGUUUACUUUGCACUAA